CUCACAAACAACCCAUACCAACUCCUCAAGCAGUGCGUCCGCAACGAAUAUUCCUUUGAUGGAAACAAAUUCAUCGCCAAGUCAACUGGCAUCAACGCUGACGGUAACCUCAUGAAGCGCAACGGCCAGAUUCUCCCCAUGCCUCUUGGAGACCCUCACCUCUCCGUCGACUACGAAGGAUCUUGGAUCGCUCCCUAUGUCAUCCUCGACACGGAUUACGAGAACUUCUCGUGCAUCUACUCCUGCACCGAAUACAACUUCGGAUACUACUCCGACUUCUCCUUCAUCUUUCCCGCUCGCCAAGCCUUUCUGACCAAUACCUGAGACGCUGCGAGGCCGCCUUUAGGGAGAUCGGCGUCGACGUCUCUCGUUUCGCGAAGACAGUCCAGGGUUCUGACUGCCCUUAUGACACCCAGAA